UAAAAUCUAUUUCAAUUUUCGAACUGUGGGAUUAUAUUUUUACUUUGGCAAAAAUGAUCGCGAUAAAAAUUGCUCGAGAUAUAAAUCGUAAAAUUUGUUUUAACUUUGGAUAUACUCCACUCGUCGUCAGAAGCAGCUCCACAUGGUGGUCACAUGUAGAAAUGGGUCCACCAGAUGCCAUUCUAGGAAUCACUGAAGCGUACAAGAAGGACUCCAACCCUAAGAAAGUUAAUCUUGGUGCAGGAGCUUACCGAGAUGACCAAGGAAAACCAUAUGUGUUGCCAGUUGUAAGAAAGGCAGAAGCCAUUAUUGCAUCAGAGAAUCUUGAUAAAGAGUACGCAACUAUUGCUGGUAUACCAGCAUUUGCAAAGGCUUCAGCACUUCUUGCAUUUGGUAAAGAUAUGAAUGGUUUAAAUGCAACUGUUCAAACUAUUUCUGGUACUGGAGCUUUGAGGCUGGGAGCAGAAUUUCUGGCAAAAUUUUGGCAAGGGAAUAAAAUAAUACACAUGCCUAAUCCCACAUGGGGAAAUCAUAUUCCCAUAUUAAGAGAUUCUGGUUUUGAGAUGAAAUACUAUCGUUACUAUGAUGCUGAAACUUGUGGUUUUGACUUCAAUGGCUGUUUGAAGGAUCUAAAUGAUAUGCCUGAAAAAUCAAUUGUAUUACUGCAUGUUUGUGCUCACAAUCCAACUGGUGUUGACCCAAAGAUUGAGCAAUGGAAAGAAUUAUGUGAAAUUUUUAAAAAAAGAAAGUUGUAUCCUUUCUUUGACAUGGCAUAUCAAGGCUUUGCCGAUAUUGAUCGAGAUGCGGCUGCGAUGCGAUAUUUUGUCGAUCAAGGAUUACCACUGAUAGUGACACAAUCAUAUGCCAAAAAUAUGGGACUAUAUGGCGAGCGCAUUGGAGCUUUAAACAUACUCUGUCAGUCUGAGGAUGAAGCUAAGGCUGUGGAAUCUCAGCUUAAAAUUCUCAUACGCCCCAUGUAUUCAAAUCCUCCAAUACAUGGUGCAAGGAUUGCUCAUAAAAUUAUGAGUAACGAGGAACUUCGAUCACAGUGGCUCGUGGAGCUAAAGGGAAUGGCUGAUAGAAUUAUUUCAAUGAGGAAACAACUGCGUGAAAACCUAGAGAAACUUGGGUCUAAGCAUGAUUGGUCCCAUAUCACGGAUCAAAUAGGAAUGUUUUGUUUCACUGGACUUCAGCCUGCUCAGGUUGAAAGGCUUACAAAUGAAUUUUCAAUUUACCUCACGAAAGAUGGACGAAUGUCGGUUGCUGGUGUGAGCUCCACAAAUGUAGAAUAUCUAGCGGAAGCUGUACAUGAAGUCACCAGAUAGACACGUUUGCUCUCCGAUGAAAAAAUAGAGUAUAAAAUAUAAAGUAUAGUAAAAGUAUUGGAAUGAACUAUUGAAAUCUCAAUAAGAAUAAUCGGUAUAUAUAAUGAUAGUGUACUAUUUCUUAGUGUGGUAUGUUAUAUAAUGGUACUAUACUGUAUGGUAUAUGACCACAAUAUGGUAUGUGACCUAAGUCAACAUAAAUUUCUAUUAUAGCUCAGAGUGAUAAUUGACCAAUCAAAAAUAGUUUCAUAUAAAAAUAAAACAAAUAUAUUUUUCAAAAUGGCCGUCGAA